ACUUUACUUUGUUUAUAAGCAAGAAGACGUGGCUCUGGCCCAUUAAUAAUUUAAAUUAUUUAAAAAAUGAGCCAAGAAAAAAUUAAUUUAUUGAAUUUAUUAUUUACGGAAGAAGAGAGCGCUCUUUACGAUAGUAAUGUAGACUUCGAUGCCUACCUAAACAAAAUGGGCAGCCUCAAGUGUGAGGAGCUCAUCAAAGAGCCCUCAAAGUUGAAAGAUGAAAAGCACAGCGUAACGGAUCAAAUGCAAGAGCUCGCGAUCGUAAAUUAUAAAACGUUCAUCCAAACGGCCGACUGCUCGCGAAACCUGUUCCAAGGUUUUAACAGCAUAGAAAAUAAGCUCGAUCAUUUAUUAGAAAACAUACCGCAGUUUGAACAGACGUGCCACACGUUCGCGACAAACACCAGCGGAAUUAACUUGUUACGCCGACUGAACUCGCUUACUUUAACACGUACGGCUCAACUGUUAGAGGUGCUCGAGAUUCCGCAGCUGAUGGACUCGUUCAUAAAAGACGGCCUCUACGAGGAUGCGCUCGAGUUGGCCGCCUAUGUCCGAAGGUUAUACGCCAAACAUCCCGAUAUCCUGAUUUUUAAGAACAUUUUAGGGGAGAUCAAUAAGUCGUGGUUAAUAAUGUUGCAUCACUUGCUAAAGCAGUUAAAGGAAGACUUGCAAUUGUCGCGUUGUCUUCAAAUCGUCAGUUAUUUGCGUCGAAUGGAAGUCUUUACUGAAGCAGAGCUCCGUUUGAAGUUUCUACAGGCCAGAGAGGCGUGGUUAAAGCAAUGCCUUAGUAAAAUUGUCGAUACUAAUGCAAUGCAUCACAUAAACAAAACAAUUGAGGUGACUCGCGUUAACUUGUUCAACAUAAUCACACAAUACAAGGCAAUUUUUAACGACGAUGACCACGGCUCGGUCCUUUCAAAUAAGCAGCAGAAUAUAAAUGAGAACGUAAUUUUUUUUAGUUGGAUUCGAGACCGGAUUGGGGAAUUUCUCGCAACACUCGAAUGCGAUUUAAACAAAGAAGUUACGUCGAUCGAGUCGAUUUUGGGACAGUGCAUGUAUUUCGGUCUGUCGUUCAGUCGAGUUGGCUGUGAUUUUCGCGGCUCAAUGGUGCCGAUCUUUAACAAGGCAGUUUUACACAACUUUCGAAGGCGCAUAUCAAAAUCGAGCUUGGAUUUCGAAAAAAAUAUGGAGAGAUUUACGUUAAUUAAUAAAAAUCACCCGAAUGUCCCGUGGAAAACGAAGAUAAGCGAUCCCGUGCAGCCCCCAGAGAGUCUAUUGGAGUUUUACCCGUUAGCGGAAUAUUUAAAUCAGGUUUUAGUGGCGUUUAACGAGUUACGUCUAUGCGCGCCAGUCGCCAUCGUGCCCGACGUCAUUAAGUGUUUGGAGGAAUCGCUAAUUAAAAUUUCCAAAGGCAUUUUGGGAUUGUACGGUCAGGAGCAGCAGGCGUUUACGGCGAAUGCAAAGGAUGCUUUUAUGCGUCUGUGUCUGUCGUUUGUCGAUGACUUAAUACCGUACAUACAGAAAUGUGUCAAUAUCAUUUAUCCUUCCAAUUAUAUUUCGUCACAUAUUAAUUGUAGCAUUCAAAAUUUGCAGAAAGAGGGAAUAAUUCUUAUUGACAAAAGUGUCAUCAUUGAGCCACUUUCUGCUUUGUUGCCUGUUAAAAUUGAACCUGUGAUUAGUAAUGACGACGCAGAGGGUUCACCAGAAGUUUCGAACAUGGAUGAGGCACCUACUCUAACAAUAAUUGAACCUGAGCAUGUCACUCAAGACCCUGUAGAAUCUUUGUUAUAGUUGUAGCUGUUUAUCUCUUAGGUGUAAAUACAAUAAAACAAUUAUUAAAAUUUGAGAAAUG